AUGCCUGUCCCUGUCUCCGUUCUUUUCAAUGUUUCUGUUCUUACGUGUCUAUUUCGAACAUUCCAAUAUCUGGCGAUAGAAGAGUCUAUUGAACAACUGGAUUCACAGCAUAAACUCACGUCUCCAACCAUCGAUACCCCCGACUCCGAUUCAAAUGCAAAACGCUUUUCAAAUCCAUUUAUUAAGGGGAAUAUCCUCAAACUUGGCGAGAACAUUGAAAUCAGAAGCAAGGACAAGCAUAUUUCUGAAAACCACAGGCUAAAUUUCACACAAGACGCUAAUGCAUGUAUCAGGCUUUAUGUCCAAUUGGUGGAUUUGGAGCAUGAAUUGCCACAUACACGCAUUUGCGAUAUUUGCAAAAGCGAUCUUCUGAACCGAUUUUUCCAUUGUUCUGAAUGUUCUGUUCCUCCUGCCGUGCCCACAUCAUUGUCCAAUUGCCAAGAUUUUCAAGCCAAAUUUUCCCCUCGUCUAGAUGGAAUUGAUCUUUGCUUUGAAUGUUAUGGCCGUGGAAGAUUCUGCAAACAUCCAAUAAUGACCUUGAUGCAAACGUUCGACUCAAUUGACCGUUUAGACGAGCUUUCGCGUCGUGCGAAUAUUUGUAUUAAAAACUGGGCAUCAAAAGCUUCCUUCUACGGAACUCUGGGAGUGUUAUCUUCGAUGGCAGAAGACAAAGCUACCAUAGACUUGCAUCUUGCAAAUAUGGGAACAAUAUCCACAAGUGACAAAAAAUCAAGCGGAACCAUUGCGUUUGGAAUAUUAUUGGAAAGAGCCAACAAUCUAAUCUCAUUUACGCAUAGGCCUUUUGCUUCUUUGCCUUUUCAAUCUCCUUCAAUUACUUGCAUUAAUUGUCAAAAAAGAACCGACUCUGGAGCGGAAGUAUUCAUUAGCUGUAACAUUUGCGGGAGCAAGUGUUGUCAUGAAUGCAUUUGGAAUCUUCUUGCAAUUGAUCCAUUUGACGCGAUAAAGGAAAAUUCAUUCAUAUGUAUUUCGUGUUCCCCUAGAAAUAUCUCUUCCUAUGAAUUGUCAUGUAAAAAGAUGCAAGCGGUUCUUCCGUGGAUUGGAUGUGUUUCUUCAACAGGUUUGAAUGAAAACGCGAAAACAUCUCAAGAAUCGUUUAUCUCUUCUUGCUUUUUUGACACCAUAGUUGCUGAAGCAACUAGAAAAAUAUCGUUAAAGUUGGGGAAAGGAACACCAGAUUAUAAAGUUAUAUUGCUCUCCCAUUUCAAGAGAGUUUCGGGAACCUGUUUGUUGAAAUCAUCAUCAUGGUGCGAAAACCCAAAGCAAGAUGCUGCAAGCGAAAAACUUGAUCCUUCAAAAUCAGGCAAUUCGGAAAGAUUUCCCGAAAGCAAGAUUUUAAAACUAGAUCGUCACAAUGAUGUAAUAAAUACCAAAGAUCGGGACGAUUUUGGAAAGCAUCUUUCGGCUACUGUUGACCUAGAAUUCGGAUUGGCCAUAAAAUCCCUAGUGCGAAAAAAAUGGCUGCAAAAGAAGUGCAUCAAGAAGGAUAAAAGUUUCAUCUCACAUGAGUCGAGCGGGCAAACACAGGUUUGCCUCAAUGUGGAACCUCCGCUUGACUCUAACAUUCCAAACCUCAAAGUACCGUCGUGUCAAUCCAAAAUCCAAAUGCAAAGCAAUCAUGCUCUGAAAGAUCAAAGCAAGGGAGAAUCUAUUAAUACCAAGAAAAUUAUGCCUCGUUCCUCCAUCCCAAGUACAGAAUUUUUAGAAUGUCCGUCGACACAUCGAUCUUGA